UGCCACCUAUCAGUGCCACCUAACAGUGCCAGUCAGUGCCGCCUAUCAGUGCCAUCAGUGCCGCCUAUCAGUGCCAGUCAGUGCUGCCUAUCAGUGCCAUAUAUUAGUGCUGCCUUUCAGUGCCCAUCAGUGAUGCCUGUCAAUGCCCAUCAGUGCCACCUACCAGUGCCUCCUCAUCAGUGCCCAUCAGUGCCACCUAUCAGUGUCCAUCAGUGCAGCCUAUCAGUGCCUAUCACUGCACCCUCAUUAGCACACAUCAGUGAAGGAGAAAAAAUCACUUAUUUACAAAAUUUU